AUGCUUGCCUUGACGACGGCCGUCGCAGCCCAGACGUGCACCAAGCUCACGGACCCCGCGAGCCCGGUGAACGCGCUCCUCACCAAGACGCUCGGCGCGUCCAACGAGACGGAGAGCGUCAUGGCGGUCCUCAACCAGCUCCCGGCGAGCGUCCUCACCUGCUUUGGCUCGAUCGACGUGACGAGCGCGACGACGGCCCUCUUGGCCGCUGCCGGCGCCGAUCCCAAGUGCCCGGCCACGCUCGCGUGGGUCACGACGCUCAUGAACGGCGCCAAGCCGGACGCGCCCAAGACGGACGACGCUCCUUGGUACAGCGCCAACUUUACGGACGCCGACAUUCAAAAGGUGUGCACGCCCCUCACGACGAGCGCGACGCCGUGCUUCAACAACGCGAUCGUGCCCGCGGUCUCCAAGCUCAUCGAGGGCAAUGCGUGCUGCACGGACCUCGUCGCCGACAUCAAGACCAACUUUGGUCAAUCGCUCUCGGCGAUGCUUGCGGACCUCUUCAACAAGGCCGUCGAUGUCGCGUGCUUGGUGCAGACGCCGGGCUUCUCGACGCCCAACCAGACCUUCCUCACCAACGUCAACAGCUACGAGACGCUCCUCAAGAACGGUCUCGCCGUGACGCAGAUCCCCAACGACCAGGGCUGCGCCGCGGUCGAAGGCAACCCGUUCAAGACGACGACCGGCGUCGCUGUCUCGGACGUCUUCAUCAAGCCGAUCGUGCCCGGUGCGUGCGCCAAGCCCGUCGAUGCGUUCGUGACGUACAUUGCUUCGUACCCGAUCGUCAAGACGUUCAAGUACGGCAACAUCACGAUCAACGACCUCUUUGCCGAGGGCAAGUGCGUCAAGGGCUCGGCCGUUAAGACGCUCUGGGCCGACAUUCCCAUGGAAAACGCGAUGAAGGUCGGUCUCGACACGAUCAUCAACGACAACGUGUGCUUCCACAUUGCCAACGGCUUCACGGGCACGUGCAAGACGGUCUCGAGCCUCUCGGGCACGCCGGCCGGCGGCGACAAGUCGACGACGACGACCGCGCCGACACCCAAGCCCUCGUCCGCGGCCUCGCUCUCGGCGUUUGCCACCAUGGCCGGUAUGGCGGUGCUUCUUAUUGCUGCGUAA